AUGAUUCCACUAAAGUCAACUUGGAGAGAAAAAGGGGUGACAAUUGUGACUGAUGGAUGGAGUGAUCCAACAAGAAAACCUCUCAUUAAUUUCAUGGCUACUUCUGGUAAUGGUCCAAUAUUUCUUAAAGCUGUGAAUUGUUUUGGUGAAAUAAAAGAUAAAUAUUUCAUUGCUAAUCUCAUGAAAGAAGUUAUUCAAGAAGUGGGUCAUCAAAAUGUAGUGCAAGUCAUAACUGAUAAUGCAGCAAAUUGCAAAGGGGCUGGGGAGCUAAUUGAGAGUGAGUUUCCUCACAUUUAUUGGACACCAUGUGUUGUUCAUACCCUUAAUCUUGCUUUGAAGAAUAUUUGUGCGGCAAGGAAUGUGAGUAACAAUUCUGAAACUUAUGAAGAAUGUAGUUGGAUCACUGAUAUCCAUGGGGAUGCAAUGGUAAUUAAAAAUUUCAUCAUGAACCACAAUAUGAGAUUGGCUAUCUUCCAAAAGUUUUCUCCUCUUAAGUUGCUUUCCGUGGCCGAUACUCGCUUUGCCUCCAUUAUUGUGAUGCUUAAGAGAUUUAAGCUUAUUAAACGAGGUCUUCAAGCCAUGGUUAUAAGUGAUGAGUGGACUUCUUAUAGAGAAGAAGACAUGGGGAAGGCAAACUUUGUGAAAGACAAGAUUGUGAAUGAUGAUUGGUGGGACAAACUAGCUUACAUUGUUGAUUUCACAAAGCCUAUCUAUGACAUGAUUAGGCUUUGUGACACCGAUAAACCAUGCCUUCACUUAUUGUAUGAGAUGUGGGAUUCUAUGAUUGAACAAGUGAAGCUUGAGAUUUACAAGAAAGAAGGUCGUCCCAAUUCGGAGUUUAGUCCCUUUUAUCAUGUGGUUUAUGAAAUCUUGGUUUUAUAG